AUUGGAGUAUCAGUUUCAGUCUAUCUUCAUACUGUACUACUGUCUUUGGAGAAAAAUCCACUCUAGGCGUUUCUUUUUAAACCUACUAUUUGAAGGUUAUCCCGCCGUUAGUCAACCCAAAAAGAGUGGAAACAGCGACGUCCACUGGCUGAUGAAAGGUGUUAUUUAUCGAGGUCAGGGAGAAAAGCAAAGCCACACUUGCGCCGUAGAGAAAGAAGUGGAUGCGUUGGGGACAGUAGGGGAAGGGAAAAGAGACGAGGUUUUUCAACAUAAAUGGAGGUUCAUCCGUAGCGGGAGAGAAGAGCAGCUGCAACAAAAAAAUUAUCCAAGCAAAAUGGCGAAAGAGCAGGAGGUUGAACGCAUUGCUAAAACGCUGGACAAAAUGGUGCACAAGAAAAACACGGAUGGUGCCAUAUAUCUGCUGAGGGAACUGAAGAGCAUGAAGAUGUCUCUGGAGACUCUACAGUCCACCAGGAUCGGCAUGUCAGUGAACGCUGUGAGGAAGCAGAGUUCAGAGGAAGAGGUCCAGACUCUGGCCAAGUCACUCAUCAAGUCCUGGAAGAAACUACUGGAUGGUGCUGAAGGGAAGGCUGUGGAGGAGAAGAGGAGGGAGGGCUCUCCUCUGAGGUCAUCGACGUCCAAGGACAGUCCUGGAUCCAGCGACCAGAGCAGGAAACUGCCUGAGCCCCCUACGACCCCUACGACCCCCACCACUCCAAAGUUCACCUCCUUCCCCCCUGCCCCCGUCACCACUGACAGCGUACGCACCAAGUGCCGAGAGCUGCUGGUGGCUGCCCUGCAGACCGACGAUGACCACAAGACCAUUGGAACAGACACUGAGAACUUGGCUGCUCAGAUUGAGGACUGUAUCUACCAGGAGUUUAAGUCUACAGACCAGAAGUACAAGUCCAGACUGAGGAGCCGUAUCUCCAACCUGAAGGACCAGAAGAACCCAGACCUCCGACGCAAUGUCCUCGCUGGAAACAUCUCAGCUGACCGCAUCGCUAACAUGGCCGCUGAGGAGAUGGCGAGCGCGGAGCUGAAAGAGAUGAGGAAGGCUUUGACCAAGGACGCCAUCAGAGAGCACCAGCUGUCUAAAGUGGGCGGGACCGAGACGGACAUGUUUCAAUGUGGCAAAUGCAGGGGCAAGAACUGCACCUAUACACAGGUGCAGACGCGCAGUGCUGAUGAGCCCAUGACCACCUUUGUACUGUGCAACGGCUGUGGUAACCGCUGGAAGUUCUGUUGAGGAGAAGAUAUUCUGGACUGCUAGAGGAAGAAGGAAACCUGGACCUAAUUUUCUUAACUGUAGACAUUAUUAUUUUUUUUUGCUUUGUUUUGAUACCUUGUUUUUUUUUUUUUUAUAUAUAUUUUUUUUUAACAUUUAACUCAUAAAUCUGUAGAAAAUAUUUUGGCAUUUUGAUUAAUAUCCUUUUUUUUUUUUUAAUGACUAUUAAAUCACACUAGCCUGGGUGCCUUUUUCUGUUUCUGCUCGCUUGCCUCAACCUCUUAUGGAAUGUCAUGUUUGGUUUGACGAGUUGGCAAGAGCACAAACUGUUCUGGGACCAGGCCGAAGUUGAACACUUGCUCUUAAAACAACAUUUUGGUUUGCUGUUCAUUAGUUGAAGCUAUAUCUUACUAAACUUUUAAUUUUUUAUUUUAUUUUGGCUUUAGGGAACAUAGGUGUGCCUUUCUUUGCCCCUCUGUGCCACAAAUGAUCAUUUUACUGUUAGUUUUAUACACUUGCUGUAUAUAGAGUGUUUAUACACUCUUAGCCAUUCCCUGUAGUGCACUAUAAAGGGAAUAAGGUACCAUUUGAAUACAUACUGCUGUAUAUAGAACAAGCCGUUGUUUGAUUCACUUAUUCUGAAUCUACAGUCUUACAUAUACAGUACCAGUCAAAACUCUGAAAUAACUCAUAUGGAAUCAUGUAGUAACCAACAACAAAAAAAGUGUUUAAAACAAAUCAAAAUAGAUUUUAAAUUCUUCAAAGUAGCCACCUUUUUGCCUUGAUGACAGCUUUUGCACUCUUGGCAUUCUCUCAACCAUCUUCAUGAGGUAGUCACCUGGAAUGCAUUUCAAUUAACAGGUGUGUGUGCCUUGUUAAUUUGUGUAAAAACCCUUGAAUGAGUAGGAGUGUUGAAUCUUUUGACUGGUACUGUGUAUACACACGGGUUCUGUUUUUGGUUCUUCCGUAAACAAAUGAGAUAAACAGGAGGAUCUGCUAGAAGAUGUAGGAAAAGGGAUGAGGAGGACAGUUUUUCCUCUUUUUCCCUUCUCUGCUUGAACAUUACUAAAAAGGUUAGCGGGGGGACUGGAGAAGUAGCCUGAUUUAUCUAAAUCGAGUUUGCUACUUUUUCUCCUUUUUGUUAAAAACAAUUAUAAAAAUGUAGUUCAGACUACUGGAGUAAAGAGGCUCCUGACAAACUAUCGACUGGUUUGAAAAGUUUUGUCAUGCAAGUGAUUUUAUUUUGUAUUGUUAACAUUUGUCCUCCCAAUGGGAACUUGUGUCAAUUUAAUUAAACGGAUGUAAGGAGUGUGGAAAGAGACUGGGGGGGGGGGUUUCUUGGUGAGUUCUUGUUAGCACUGGGCUAUCAUCACGCUCAGUUCAGUAGCCAAACCUUGUUUAAACGUUACAAAUACAGAUGACAUGAAUAGAGCAGACCAUGAUUCCUUGUUGUACAUGUAAAGAGGCAUGUUUGUUCUACAACUUGUCCUGCUGAACGCACCCCCAACGCACAGCAGUGUGAAAGACCCAAGGAAGUUCUAUCGUCAUGACAAUGUUUUCUGUGGGGAAAAAGCCCAAAGAGGAAGCCAAUUUCAUCUGAUUUCUUAAUGCCUGAGAACACACCCUCCAUAUAAACUAUUUGGGAGUACUAGAGAUACAAAAGUUGAUGUACAUUUCCCAUAACGUUCCACUGGAUCAACUGAAAGUUUGCUGUGGAAAAUAAAAAAACUAAAGAGGAACAACCCGCUAGCCAAUUCA